GCUCUGCAGCCAGGUCGCUGCUGGUGAUGGUUGUCUAGCAGGGCCGCAGCCGUGCCCAUGGCUCUGCUGAGCAAAGAGAGACGGUGCCUGCCUCAAGGGACCAACAGCCUCAAGGCGCGGGCGAUUCCCCUCAUUGUGUGCAGGGAAACUGAGGCACAAGGAAAGCGAACGCGGUAGCUGGGACUCCAACUACAAACCCAAACCCGGCCAUUGCUUUAGCCACCAGCCCAGUAGCAUAGCAAGGGGGUCACCCAACCUGGCAUCACCAGGUCCAAGGGGACACAAGCGUACCCCUCCAGGGCACAGAAGACCACCCUGGCCUCUCAAAGGGUCACCCCAGCCCCAGCUUCAUGCAGGGAGGGUCCACCUAAAUGCUACAGAAGUCCUGAGAUCCCCUCGCUCGUUGGCAAGAGCUGCAAGGGGCCACACCUAGCUGUCCACGCAGCUAUUCCCAGCACCAUUUGAGAGGCGUUUGCAAGCCCAGGCACCUGCCCCAGCUAGUCAGGGGAGCGCGAGAGGCCUUGGAAAGCAUCUGCACUCUUGCUCCUUCGUGGGCUGCUCUGUAAAGAGCAAUGGCAUCAGCAGAAAUCUGUUUCUCUCCUUCCCCCCAUCUGGAGCAGCCCACAGCUGACGUGUGGGAGAAACAGCUUCCAUCGCAGGCUCUGCCUGGCGCUGCCGCCGGGCGCCAUCCCAACCAUCCCUCCGGCAGCCGCAGACCUACCAUCUACGUGACAUCCCCACGGUGUCGGCAGCCUCACAGCAGGACGGAUGCACACGUAACGACAGCGUUUCAACCGCUCCGUUUUUUCCCCUUUGUCAACCCAGCACGCGCCGCAUAAUCCGAGAUGCUCGUGGGGGGCGGGAGGGGUUCGGGGAAGCUCCUUGCACGUGACUUCUUAAUCCAUUUCCCAGGUAGGUGCCUCCACGUGACUAGCAUCUAGAGUUAACAUCCCAGCUAGUGUCAGACACCCCCGGUUUGGGUGGGCUGUGGGCGUGCUGCAUCUCCUUGAGGCCUCGUUGUUGCAGAAAGCAUGGCCACAGGCUCCAUUUGUGACAACAGCUCAGCCGGGCUGAUCACCUGCAAAGCACCAGCUUGCAGAGCCCACAGGUUGCAAGGUGCCAGCCAGGAUAGGCAUGGUAAGGUAUAGGCAGGAUUCAUGAGUGGGGAAGACAGAGGGCAGAGGAUGAUUGGAUAGGCAUGACCUUGCCUCAGGCAGAGGGCUGGACUAGCUGCCUCCCCGGAAACACUCCCCUCCACGGCCUGAGUGGAGCCCCGGGGCACCUGUAUAUGCCACAGCAUUUAAUCCUAAUCAAUUUAAAGAGGAUUAUAACAUUAAAACUUGUUUAUUUUGGUGCAUCGCAUCUGUGUUUGCACGCACAGGGCUUUCGAAUUAUUUAAGCCUGUAAAUUCCAGCAGGGGGAGUCAAAUACCAGUCUACCCCAGUGCUGUUUUUCCUCCUGAAUUACAGCAGGAGGCGCAUGUUCGCCAGUAAACCAGUAAGUAAUACCCCAGUAACCCCCUCUCUCCACAGUCCCCCCCUCGCUCUCAGCAGCCCAAGCUGCACAGUCAAUGUGCAUAAAACCCACUGGCAAAGUGCACAGCGCCUUCCCCUCUGUGGCCUGGCUACAGAGGAUGACAGACCACCAUGCCCAGGUCCUGCCUUAGCUUGAGUGACAGGCUCCACGCCGCGGAUCAAAAGGUUCGAGCCUGUCGAUGACACGUGUGGACAUCAGUACGAGCCUUCUGGACACAAGCUGGGAUUCCCACAUCAUAGGAUCACAGAGCAGUGGGGCUGGCAGGGACCUCCAGAGGUCACAUCUAGUCCAGCCCCCUGCCUGAAGCAGGAUCCUCCCUUUCCAAACCAUCCUGUACAAACCCAUGCUCUAACUCCUCGCCAAAUGACGGUCAAACCUGACACAGCACAAGGCAUAUCACCCGAACCUGCCGCAGGUAGAUCAGGGGACCACGGCAGCCAAUGUCCCGCUUCUGUAAAAGGUUGGUAAUAUACGUGCAAGAGAUCCCUGGGAGAGGCCUUCACCCCUCUACAGCUACAGAGAAAGGCAAUCCCCGCCCCCAAAAAAUCUGACCAUGCGGUAAAACUCCUUCCUGACCCCAAAUACGAUGAUCGGUCUGACCCCGAGUGGAGGGGCCAGACCCUCUAGCCAGGGACCUCCAGCUUUGCUCCCAGCCCAGUCACCAUCCCCAGCCUUGGCUGCAGCCAGCACCCAGCACCUCUCAUGAAGGUUUAAUUUUUUUUUAAAAAACCCUGACACAUGUAGGAAAAAGGAGGCAGGGGGAGUCGGGAGAGUUUGCUGAAUUUUCUCCCAGCCCCAUGCAGCCCCCAGCAAAGCUCAGACGCGUAGGAAAUCCCCCAUAGUAGGACACGGGCAUCGCUGCCCCUAAAUCAUCCCUGCCCAACCUCUUCUUGAACCCCGCCACCGGUGGAGAGUCCACAGCUUCCCUGGGCGCCGAUUGCACUGCCUCCCUCUCGUGACAAUGAAGAGUGUUUCUGGACGUCCCAUCUAAAUGAUUGAUUUCCCUUCACCCCAGCCAUGCUUCUGGCCCUAACUACCGAGCCAGAGGGAGCCGCAGCCCCCGCGGUGUCAGCAUCUGCUCCCGCUCGCGCUGGGAUGUGGGGGGCUCAGCCCCGACGCGCAUGCGAGAGUAGCGCAGAAUCAGGCCCGUCCUCCCCCUCCUGUUCAGGGGGCUCCGCUGGGGAUUUUGCACUAGACUGGCAGCAUUAAUCCCCGCCGAGCUGCGUGUCUGCCUGUGUCUCUGCACUGAAUCACCUCAAUUACAGGAUUUGCUGGAGGUCGACUUUGGGAGAGACGACGGUGAGGCCGGCCCUCGACACAGUGACAAAGCCCCAGGGAGGGGCCGAGGCAGCGCGGAGACGGGUAUAAAGAUGCAGCUGGUUCAGCAAGGAGCCAGAUGCCAACAACAGGCGCUUGGAAGGCAGCAUCGCUUCCCUCUGCGCCCGCCACGAUGCCAGAAGCCUCCCUCCCCGUAUACUUCCUCUGUCUCCUCGCCUUGUCCUCAGCCUGCUACAUCCAGAACUGCCCUCGAGGAGGAAAGCGAGCCUUCCCGGACACGGAGAUCAGACAGUGCAUGCCCUGUGGCCCUGGGAACAGAGGGAACUGCUUUGGCCCCAACAUCUGCUGCGGGGAGGAGCUGGGCUGCUACGUGGGCACUGCCGAGACCCUGCGCUGCGUGGAGGAGAACUACCUGCCAUCCCCGUGCGAGACUGGGGGCAAAGCCUGCGGCGCGGGGGGCAGGUGUGCUGCCCCCGGGAUCUGCUGCAGCGACGAGAGCUGCACCAUGGAUCCCGUCUGCCUGGACGAAGACAGCGACAAAAGUCGGCAGCUCUCGGAGAAGAACCUGACCAUCCUGGACGGUUCGGCCGGUGACCUCCUGCUCAAGCUGAUGCACCUGGCCAACCGGCAGCAGCAGGGCAAGCACCAGGGCUACUAA